GGUACCCAACUACCAUCCUGUCCCCCUGGUACCCAACUACCAUCCUGUCCACCUGGUACCCAACUACCAUCCUGUCCCCCUGGUACCCAACUACCAUCCUGUCCCCCAACUACCAUCCUGUCCCUCUGGCACCCAACUACCAUCCUGUCCCUCUGGCUCUCAACUACUAGUUAGGUUCGAACACUCCCAGACGAUCAGACUGAUUUCAAAAAGAGGCUCAGGUAAAUGCGCAAGUCAAAAUAUAUGUGGAGUUAUUUCCAUGAAAUAAACACACACACAGAGUGAUUUAUUAGACAUACUGUGAUGAUUUAAAAAAUGCAAUUAAAAUGAACACAUGCAGGCUUUAAAGGUCUUUGAGUUAGUUGUCUGGCUGCACAGGGGGUCUGUUUUGUGAAUUGGUAGUAUUUUCUGAAGAUCCACAACAGAAACGUUGCUGGUAGGAACUAUGGAAAGUUGUCUCAGCUGUUGUCUCAGCACCCCAAGUGAUGUACUGUUUCUUAGGCUCUUCGUUUUGAAUAAAGUUAAUAGCCCUUUCUCUCCCUCCUCUCUUUUUUCUCUCGUUCCUCUCUUUCCUCCGCUCUUCUGUCCCUCAUGUGCUCUCUAUCAGAGCAGUUGCCAGGUGUUGUGGACAUGCACAAGCCUAGGUGUGUGUGAGUGUGUAGUUCUCCCAAGGCCCCUUUAAAUAUGCCACUAGAGAGGCAGAGAGAGAGGCAGAGAGAGAGAGAAUAAUUUCAAUAGAGUGAACAUGAUACUAACUGUAUUGUCUAUCUCACCACCUGUGGGAGUUUCUUUUGGUGGAAACAGGUAUUUUUUUGACGUAGUGUGCAUAUUAUUCUAAUAUGUUGUUCUUCCUCUCACCCACCAACCCACCCACACAGGGGAGCGUCAGGAGUGGAUGGAGGCUCUUCAAACGGCCAUACGCUCCCCUGCCUCCAUUUCCCAGAAGCCCCAGAAGUGUGGCACCAACAAACAUGGCAGCAUGGAGCUGAGAGGGUACAAAGGCAAAGUGUACGUCUCCCUGACGGGAACCAGAUUCAAACUCUGCAAAUCAGAACAGGACUUCAGAGCUGGCCUGGGUAUUUCCCUGAUCGAUCUGACUGCUUCUAACAUUAAAGAGACAGACAGGAGGCUCUUCCAAAUCAACACCCCCUUCAGAAACUUCUGCUUCACGGCCGAGUCGGAAAGGGAGAAAGAGGAGUGGAUUGAAGCAUUCCAGGAAUCGAUAGCCGAAACGCUCUCCGAUUACGAAGUGGCCGAGAAGAUCUGGUUCAACGAGUCCAACAGGAUCUGUGCCGACUGCCGUGCGUCGCAGCCCGAAUGGGCCUCCAUCAAUCUGGGGGUUGUCAUCUGUAAGAAGUGUGCAGGUCAGCACCGGUUCCUGGGCCCUAGCCUCUCUAAAGUUAGGAGCCUGAAGUUAGACGGUAGUAUCUGGAGCAACGAGCUGGUGGAGCUCUUUCUGGAGGUGGGAAAUGAGAACGCCAACAGCUUCUGGGCGGCCAGCCUGCCCCUGGAGGAAGAGCUUCACAUGGGGGCGUCGCCCGAGCAGCGGGCCACCUUCCACCGCAGGAAGUACAGAGAGAGGAAGUACCGGAGGGUCCUGGAAAGCCUUCACGACCAGGAGCAGCUCAAUCAGGUAGAAACUGAACUGGUAUAAUCAUGUGGGAACUGGCUGUACCCUGUCUGAAUAGACACAAACUGGGUGAAACUGGGUGAAACUGGUUGAAACUGGGUCAAACUGGUUGAAACUGGUUGAAACUGGGUGAAACUGGUUGAAAAUGGGUGAAACUGGGUGAAACUGGUUGAAACUGGGUGAAACUGGGUGAAACUGGGUGAAACUGGGUUCAUGUUUAUAGUUUAGUAAUUUUUCCCAAAUGCACAAAAGCCUCUUUAGUGUGUCUGUACUUUACACUAAGAAGUAAACCAAUCUAACUGACAAAAGAAAAUGUGCUUCACGUGUGCCGUCUCCAUGUAUAAUACCAUGGUUUAGUUAUAACCCCUCUCUCCAUAGUUAGUCUCCAUGUAUAAUAACAUGGUUUAGUUAUAACCCCUCUCUCCAUAGUUAGUCUCCAUGUAUAAUAACAUGGUUUAGUUAUAACCCCUCUCUCCAUAGUUAGUCUCCAUGUAUAAUAACAUGGUUUAGUUAUAACCCCUCUCUCCAUAGUUAGUCUCCAUGUAUAAUAACAUGGUUUAGUUAUAACGCCUCUCUCCAUAGUUAGUCUCCAUGUAUAAUAACAUGGUUUAGUUAUAACCCCUCUCUCCAUAGUUAGUCUCCAUGUAUAAUAACAUGGUUUAGUUAUAACCCCUCUCUCCAUAGUUAGUCUCUAUGUAUAAUAACAUGGUUUAGUUAUAACCCCUCUCUCCAUAGUUAGUCUCCAUGUAUAAUAACAUGGUUUAGUUAUAACGCCUCUCUCCAUAGUUAGUCUCCAUGUAUAAUAACAUGGUUUAGUUAAUGUGUUUGUUACGCUGUAGAAGGUGAGUUAUUUUGGCCCCACCAUCGGAACCAAGUGUGUUUAAGAACUCCCCGGUACUGAGCCUGUAAAAGGCUGAGUUUACACCUGCGUCAGCGUUUACACAGAUCAGUCCUUGCUUAUUGUUUUGCGAAAAAGAGAAGGAUCUAGGGAAUGAGAGGUAGCGGGAGAGAACGAGAGAUUCUCAUUAAAUGGAAAAGUGGAUUAGGAACCACAACAGAAAUGCUUCAGUUGGUUCUCGGUCGGCUUUACUCUGUGUGUGUGUGUGU